CCCCGGGGCGGGCGGCGGCGGCGCCUGUUUGGUACUCGGCGCUCGCUUGCUCGCUCUCUGGGCGGGCGGGCGGCGCGAUGUCGGGCGAGGACAGCCCGGCGGCGGGCCCGGGGGCUGCGGCAGCGGCGGCCCGCGAGCGGCGGCGGGAGCAGCUGCGGCAGUGGGGGGCUCGAGCGGGCGCCGACCCAGGCCCAGGGGAGAGGCGCUCCCGCACUGUCCGCUUCGAGCGCGCCGCCGAGUUUCUGGCAGCCUGUGCGGGCGGCGACCUGGACGAGGCGCGCCUGAUGCUGCGGGCUGCAGACCACAGCCCCGGCGCCGAGUCCGACCCCGACGCCCCGCCGCCCGCCCGCGCAGUGCUCGACUCCACCAACGCCGACGGCAUCAGCGCCCUGCACCAGGCUUGCAUUGAUGAGAACCUGGAGGUGGUGCGCUUCCUGGUGGAGCAGGGUGCCACUGUGAACCAGGCAGACAAUGAGGGCUGGACGCCCCUGCAUGUGGCCGCCUCCUGUGGUUACCUGGACAUUGCCAGGUACCUCCUGAGCCAUGGGGCCAACAUUGCUGCUGUCAACAGUGAUGGGGACCUGCCCCUGGACCUGGCCGAGUCGGACGCCAUGGAGGGGCUGCUGAAAGCGGAAAUCGCCCACCGAGGCGUGGAUGUGGAGGCAGCCAAGCGGGCUGAGGAGGAAUUACUGCUUCAUGACACAAGGUGCUGGUUGAAUGGGGGUGCUAUGCCAGAGGCCCGGCACCCCCGUACUGGGGCCUCUGCCCUGCAUGUUGCCGCUGCCAAGGGCUACAUUGAGGUGAUGAGGCUGCUCCUUCAGGCUGGCUAUGACCCAGAGCUACGCGAUGGGGAUGGCUGGACCCCCCUGCACGCAGCGGCCCACUGGGGCGUGGAGGAUGCCUGCCGCCUGCUGGCUGAACACGGUGGGGGCAUGGACUCGCUGACCCAUGCGGGGCAGCGUCCUUGUGACCUGGCUGACGAGGAAGUGCUGAGCCUGUUGGAGGAACUGGCACAGAAGCAGGAGGAUCUUCGAAAUCAAAAGGAAGCCUCCCAGAACAGGGGCCAGGAGCCCCAGGUGCCUUCCAGCAGCAAAUACAGAAGGAGCUCUGUGUGCCGUCUGAGCAGCCGGGAGAAGAUCUCCCUCCAGGACCUAUCCAAGGAGCGCCGGCCUGGUGGGGCUGGAGGGCCGCCCAUCCGGGAUGAGGAUGAGGGAGAAGAAGGCCCCAUGGAGCCAUCCCCUGAAGAACCCAGAACCCUCAAUGGAGUCUCCUCCCCACCUUUCCCUAUCCCUAAGAGCCCCAUGCUGCCCAAUGAGGCCCCCUUCUCCAGGCGCUUUGGCCUCCAGAAAACAGGGAGCUCUGGUGCCCUGGGUCCCCCAGAAAGGCGAGGAGCCGAUGGAGCCCCUGGGUCUGGGCUGCAGCGCUCAGCUUCCUCCUCUCGGCUGGAAGGGACCUCCACUCAGGCCAAGGAGCCCCAUCUUGCCAGAAUUACUCCUACUCCCUCCCGGAAAGUGCUGGAGCUAUCUGCCCUGUCUGAGAUCACCAAGCCUCCUCCUCCCCUGGAUAACUCCACUCCUCCCUCCGGGAUUCCAGAGGCUGAAUCCCCAGUGAAGCCAAAUAUCCCCACACCAUCCACAGCACUCCCAGUGGACUCCCGGGACCGUCGGAGGUCCUACCAGAUGCCUGUGCGAGAUGAGGAAUCUGAGUCCCAAAGGAAAGCUCGCUCCCGCCUCAUGCGCCAGUCUCGGAGGUCCACACAGGGUGUGACUCUGACAGACCUGAAGGAAGCAGAAAAGGCUGCAGGGAAGGCCAUAGAGCCUGAGAAAUCAUCUCUGCCAUGCCUGGACCCUUCCCGCCGGCCCCGAGUCCCUGGAGUUGAGAACUCUGACGGCCCUGCCCACAGAGCAGAGGCGCCUGACGGGCAAGGUCAGGGACCACAGGCAUCCAGGGAGCACCACAAGAUCGACAAGGAGCGGAGGGGGCCUGCUGAGGGGGAAGAGGCGGAGCCGACAGAUGGAAGCCCAGAAAGCAGCACUCCCGAGGGCUGCCCCUCAGCCCGCAGGCAGCGCUCACAGUGGGACCUCAACCCAGAACCUGAGCCAGGAACCGAAGAGCCGGAGGGAGGCUUUAAGAAGCUGUACUCAGAGCUACGCAGGGAGAAUGAGCGGCUUCGUGAAGCCUUGACCGAAACUACGCUGCGGCUGGCGCAGCUCAAGGUGGAGCUGGAGCGGGCCACACAGAGGCAGGAACGCUUUGCUGAGAGGCCAGCCCUUCUGGAGCUGGAGAGAUUCGAGCGCAGGGCCCUGGAGCGCAAGGCAGCAGAGCUGGAGGAGGAGCUGAAGGCCCUAUCUGAUCUCCGGGCUGACAACCAGCGGCUCAAGGAUGAAAAUGCAGCGCUGAUCCGAGUCAUCAGCAAACUUUCCAAGUGACUCUGGAGAACUUUCCCGCACCCGUAUUUAUACAGCUGCUUCUGCCACACGCACCCCUUCCCCCGUGUGAACACCACCAGUGACAGGGCUCUGGGGGAAGUCUCUGAGAAGCCAUAACCUCCCCUUGGGAUUUCUGGACUGGGAGAGGAGCACAGAGUCCCCAGGAGCCAAAGGGGGCCAUCUGAGGCCAGGAUGAAGGCAGAGGCCAAGCCAGGUAGGGGGACGUCGCCAAGAGGGGACUGGGGUCGGAGACGGGACCAGGAAGAAACCGAGGACCAAGAGGCGCAAGGAUCAGUAGCCAGGACCAGAGUGGCUGCCCCACAGGUCCCCCACCUCACGUGUGAUACCACCCCAGUCACCCCUCCCUCUCCUGAGCAGGGAUCCAAGAAUGUGCCAAGAGUCCUGCUGGCCUCAGCCAGGUGGGCCUGUAUAUAGGGUCCAUGUGCAAUAGGGAGGGAUGUCUUCUAUUUUUUGCUGCCCCCUCUCCACCCUCUGUCUGGGGCAGGGGGAGAAGGUAUUUUCGAGACAAAGCACAGGCACCACAAAUAAAAGUCGUGAAGUUGCCA